GUAAAAAAAAUAAUUAAUUUUGACAGAAAAAAAUAAAAAGCAAAUCAAUUUUUGAUUCUCUCACUUAACACAGAAAGAAAAAACUAAUCGAAAUAAUGGGAACGGAGAAUUGGAGUUUAACGGCGAAGUUAUGUGACUCAUGCAAAACGUCGCCGGCGACGGUGUUCUGCCGGGCAGAUUCAGCAUUUCUCUGCUUAGGAUGUGACUGCAAAAUCCACGCAGCGAACAAGUUAGCGUCACGUCACGCGCGUGUCUGGGUUUGUGAAGUGUGUGAGCAAGCUCCGGCGAGUGUCACGUGUAAAGCGGAUGCCGCUGCUCUCUGCGUUACGUGUGACCGUGAUAUUCAUUCAGCAAAUCCGUUAGCUCGUCGCCAUGAGCGUUUUCCGGUAGUUCCGUUCUAUGAUUUCGCCGUCGCGAAAUCUCACGGCGGUGGUGAUACCGAUGCCGAUGCUGUUGAUGAUGAGAAGUACUUUGAUAGUACUAAUGAGAAUCCUUCUCAACCAGAGGAAGAAGCUGAAGCAGCGUCGUGGAUACUUCCGACGCCGAAAGAAGGAACUGAUCAGUAUAAAUCUGCUGAUUACUUGUUUAAUGAUAUGGAUUCAUAUUUAGAUAUAGAUCUAAUGUCAUGUGAGCAAAAACCACAUAUUCUUCAUCAUCAACAGCAUCAACACAACCAUUACAGCUCCGACGGAGUUGUACCAGUACAGAACAACAACGAAACUACUCAUUUACCCGGUCCAGUCGUUGAUGGAUUCCCUACAUACGAACUCGAUUUCACUGGAUCUAAACCUUAUAUGUACAAUUUCACCUCUCAAUCGAUCAGCCAAAGUGUUUCAUCAUCAUCUCUUGACGUCGGAGUUGUACCAGACCACAGCACAAUGACGGAUGUAUCAAACACUUUUGUGAUGAACUCAUCUUCCGGUGCUAUUGCCGGCGCCGGCGCCGACGUUGUACCGAAUGCAGUUUCCGGUUUAGACAGAGAAGCAAGGGUAAUGAGGUACAGAGAGAAGAGGAAGAAUAGAAAGUUCGAGAAGACGAUUCGAUAUGCUUCUAGAAAAGCUUAUGCUGAGACUCGGCCCAGAAUCAAAGGGAGAUUCGCUAAACGUACUGAAACUGAAAUCGAUUCACUCAUCACCGUCGAUGCAUCAUACGGUGUCGUUCCAUCGUUUUAAUUAUUUUUUAUAUAUAUAUUUAUUAUCUCUAAUUAUUAAAAAAAAAAAUUGAUAUUUUGCUUUUUUCCUCUUUAUGUUGUUAGUGAGGAGGAUCGUAACUACGUGUAUAUAUAUCUAAUUUUGUUUCUCUUUUUUUGUAUCAAAAAGCUAUUAAAAAAAUAGAAAUUUGUAAUGGAUAAAUUUUGUAGUGAAUUAUUAAAAUUUUCUUAUAUUUUGUUUAA